AUGAAUUCCAGCAAACUCUGGAGCCUGCAGGAGAUACACGAUUGCUUUGAGUCUGUUAAUAAUUCGUGCCGCAGAAAUGUUAGAUCUCCACUCAGCCUUUUUGUUAUGUAUGGGUUGAUGGCAGGAGCAAUAGUUCUCACCAUGUGUGGCAAUAUGGUAGUGAUCAUCUCUGUCCUCCAUUUCAAACAGCUGCAUUCUCCAACCAACAUGCUGAUUUGCUCCAUGGCCACCACAGAUUUUUUGCUCAGUUUCACAGUUAUGCCAUACAGCAUGGUCAGGACGGUGGACUCCUGUUGGUACUUUGGAGACUUCUUCUGCAAACUCCACACCUGCUGUGAUAUAAUGCUGUGCACGACUUCCAUCUUCCACCUAUGCUUCAUUUCUGUGGAUCGCUACUAUGCUGUGUGCACCCCACUGCAUUACCUCACCAAAAUCACUGUCCCUGUAGUUCAAGGUUUUUUGGCGAUUAGUUGGUUCACCCCAGUCUUGUUUGCUUUUGGUCUUGUUUUCUCAGAGCAAAAUGUGGAAGGCAUUGAGGAAUAUGUAGCCUCCCUCUACUGCUACGGAUUCUGUGCUCUCGUUUUUAAUAAGCUGUGGGGAGUGUUGUCUUCCUUCAUAGCCUUUUUUCUUCCUGGUAUGGUGAUGGUGGGCAUUUAUCUCCAUAUUUUUGCUGUUGCAAAAAAACACGCCCAGCAGAUUGCCCAGGUUUCUAGUGCCUCACGUUCUGGAUCUGACACAAAAGGGAAAAUCUCCACCAAAAAGGAGAACAAAGCUACUAAGACGUUAAGUAUCGUUAUGGGAGCAUUUAUUUUAUGUUGGCUUCCUUUCUUUGUUCUCACCAUAACAGACCCUUACAUUGAUUUCAUGAGCCCUGAAGAUUUAUACAAUGCCUUCCUGUGGUUGGGAUAUUUCAAUUCCACCUGUAAUCCCAUCAUUUAUGGCUUAUUUUACCCAUGGUUUCGCAAAGCAUUUAAAAUGAUUGUGACGGGGGCCAUCUUCAGGCAAGGUUCUUCUGCACUGAAUCUCCUUGCCACUAAUGCUUGAGUGCUGGACGGACAGGCAUUGCUGAUGGUCGGUCUCAGGCUCGAGAGGCUGGUAUUUCUUAGUCCUUUAAGUGACACUACAUCACCACUGUUAGAGAAGGAUCCGUUGCCCCACCAAAUAGCACAA